UCUUGAUUCUUCCCCCAGGGAAAGGAGGUGGUAGGCAGCAAAGGAGGAGGGUUUUGACGGACGAAAAAAGAUCUCAACGAGCUGACAAGGAUGGGGGUCGAUGUCGGCAGUUUCUCAGAGGACACGAGCGACAAAUUGAAUGCGGAGAAUGUCUGGAUGUGGAUGAUUGCUCGGUUCCCAUGGCUCUCUGUCGAUGAUCUCGGGCGUCAUGUUCCGUUGGUCACAUGGGGUUCGCUGAUCCUUACAGUGCUGGUCUGUGUCUUGACUGCCAGUUCGCUUUCUUGGCUAGUGGCUAAGUGGGCCAUUGUUGGGGCGAAGGACCGCCAUGGCCGCAAACUGUGCCUGGCCCCCGGGCCUGCUCCAUGGCCAAUCGUAGGCAGCCUGCUUCAGCUGCAAAGGCACCCCCAUAGAGGCCUGGCCAAGAUGGGAGAGCAGUAUGGAGAGCUGAUGACUGUUCACAUGGGCACGACCCCUACGCUGGUGGUGUCCAGCCCGGCUGCCGCAAAAGAGGUCCUGCUCACUCAGAGAACCACUUUCGCCUCGCGACCGCUGACGCCGACGGUUGGUGCAUGGUCUGGUGGUCGAGACCUCGGACUCGCACCAUACGGUCCUCUGUGGCGGAAGCAAAGGAAGAUUGCCAGCGUGCAGUUGCUCUCCCCAAGGAGGAUGGAGCAGGUGGAUGCGAUCCAACGGAAGCUCACCGAUUUCCUAGAGGAGGAGCUGUUGAGGAAAGGCCAAGGAGGAGCACGCCAGGGGGAAGGAAGAAAUGUGGGGACAAAGGAGGCAGCCAAGGAGGGAAAUGAUCUCUCACCUGCUGCGGACCCCUUGCCGACAGAAACAACCUCCUCUUUGCCCAAUCCGGCCGCCGCCGUGCACGUCGGUGCAACAGCCAACGUCGAGAUGAGCCACAAAGCAGGCACCAUGGAUGGGCUGCAGCCAGUCCACUUGCGAGAAAACCUGUUCCACUUCGCCCUGGACAUGUUGGCCUAUGUCAUAUUCGGCUCUCCUGUGUCGCCUUCCAUGCAGCAUCACAUGGCGAAAGUCAUUGCUACCAGCGGUUUGAGGUCGACGAUGAGGAUGUCGAAGAGAGCGCAGGAGCCUGAGGAGGGUCUUGAACAUGAUGCAACUAGGAGAAUGAGCAAAGAAGUGUCACUUCAGACUACGGAGGGAGGCGAUGAUGUCAACGAUGACCAAAUGGCGAAAAGGUUUUAUGAUGUGGUGUUGUCAAUGACGCAGGUGGUGGGGGUGGCACAGAUACCAGACUUUGUCCCGAGUCUGAGAUUUCGCGCUCUGAUCCUGGAGCUCAUUGAAAAGCGCCACGAAGUCCAACGGAAUGUGGCUGGUAACUGCGGAAGCAGUUGCACAAUGCUAGAUCACCACCAAGCAACGCUGAGAGCAGCUGGACUCAUUAAUCCGGAUGCAAUGGUGGACGUGGUCUUCAAUAACCUGUCUCCUCACACCCAAGAACUUGGCGGUUUCUGCAAUGAAGGACGACGAUGUGAGAAGAUGGCGCUGCUGAAGGAAGAGCUAGAUGAGGCCAUAGGAAUGCACAAGGUUCCGUCGGAGAAUGAUCUGGAGAACCUUCCUUACCUCAAUGCCUUUCUGUAUGAGACGCUGCGUAUGCACAGUGUUGCUCCCAUGCUCCUUCCCCAUCUAGCUAUGAAAGACACUGUAGUGUUUGGAUAUGACGUGCCGGCAGGCACUUCUGUCGUCGUCAAUGCCUGGGCUAUUAUGCACGACCCUAAGGUGUGGUCGGAGCCAUGGGAGCUCCGCCCUGAGCGGUUUAUCCGAGACGGACUGCUGGCCGAAGACAUGCAUCCUGAUGGAAAGAACUUUGCGUUCUUGCCGUUUGGAUCAGGAAGAAGAAUGUGCCCUGGAAUUCGACUUGCACUAACCACUAUGCGAUUUGUUCUGUCCAGGUUGCUGCAGCGAUUCGAUGUUAUGUUGCCACAUGGCAUUAAGCCAGAAGACUUGGACCUUACUGAGCACGAUGGAAUCGUUAUCUUCCCGGAAACCCCCGUGCCGUUCAUCUUUCGUCCAAGAUCAAUGGGGUAAUAGGGUAGGGUGGGGUGGACUUGAUUCGCAACUGGCUGUUUUUCAGUCGAUAUCCCUAGGGUCGGUAGCAUUUAAAGCUAGAAGGUGAGAGAGGUGCAGCUCCUGUUAAUCUUCUUGUGGACAAUCUAUGAGUUUCCCUUCUGAAACAUGGCGGAAAUUGCCCUUACCAAAUAAACCUUAUCCUGCGCG